GCUAUAGACCUUUUUCACAAAAACCGGAACUAGUCACUCGUCGCGUUGUCUCACUUCUGGUUAGCGCUGGUUGAAUGGAAAAUGGAGCGAGUAUAUUCAACAAGUUUAUUAAACUUACCAAAUUUUACUUUUGCGGACGUGGUGAGAGUUACAGCGGCGAAAACACCAACGAACAAGCUGGACAAAGGCUACAAAUUCUUUCAUGAAGAAUACAUUCACAGUUAUCAAGUAUCAAAUGUAGUCGAGGGACAGAUAGUUGUCAAAGCUAGGUGCUUCAGGUCCAUGAGGAAGAGUGAGGAGCCUCACAGAGUCCAGAUCUCACUGGGAGCAGAAAAGGCUAACUUAUCAGCCUUUUCAUGUAGCUGUGUGGCUGGUAAAGGGUUCUGCAACCAUGUAGUUGCCCUUCUGUACCAGACUGCACAUUAUUCACAGCUCCGUCUGCCUGCUGUUCCACCCGCUCUGGCCUGCACAAGUGACUUGCAAAGAUGGCACAGACCAAGAACACAGGGGAUCCAUCCUGAACCUGCCGCUUCACUUGUGGUGCGUAAGCCAAAGACUGUGGGGAAGAGUGGCUUGAGGUCCACCCUGUACAGAGCAUAUACAGGACCACUUCCAGAUCCAGACAUCAUUGCAUCUGGAGAAAAGCUACGCCAGCUGCAGCCCCAGCCUCUCAUGGCUCUUGUUUUGGAUGGACUCUCUGAAAUAGAACUGACACCAUCUAGAUUUGGACCUGUGCCACGUGGAUCCCCAAUGUCAUACCACUGCCCACCUGAAAAAUCCAGUGGCUAUAUAGUCCACCACAUGGCUCCUGAGUUCCCACCUCUUCCUUUGAUGCAACACAUUCUUUCAAAUAUGUGUUUUGUUCCCACUUUGCAUCAGCUCAUGCAUCUACAGUCUCUUCAAAUCUCACCUGAAAUGUCUGCUGAAAUUGAGAAAGGAACCAGAGAGCAGUCCAGAUGUCCAUCCUGGGCACAGCUUCGCCGACCAAGGCUAACUGCUAGCCGCUUUCAUGAUGCAUGCUGCUACAAGAGAGGAAGUGAGGAGCAGGAGUCUGCUGCUGUGGCUCUUGCAGCUAAAAUGAUUAGAGGGUCCACCAAACAAACCACAGCCAUGAAACGUGGUCUACUGAUGGAGCCUGAGGUGCUGGCAAACUAUGCUGAGCUGAUGCGUGUCAAUGUGCUGCCUGCAGGAUUCAUUAUUCACCCCGAAGCACCACAUCUUGGGGCAAGCCCAGAUGGCAGGGUGUACGAUCCAUCAGAGUCCCCCUCAUUUGGAUUGGUUGAAAUAAAAAGCAGCACUAAGAAUGAUGUGUCCCAGGUCGCGCACCUGAAAGUGCAGGAUGGCCACGCCUGUCUGAGGCACUCGCAUUCAUAUUACUGGCAGGUACAAGGUCAGUUGGCAGUUACCGGUUUGGAAUGGUGUGACUUUGUCACUGACACACUAACAACUUUAACUGUUGAGAGAGUGUGGCGUGAUGAGCUGUUUAUUGAGCAGAUGAAGGCAAAAUUAGACAUGUUCUACUAUAACACCUUCAUCAAUGUAUAUAUUUCUUCACAGUAGAAUUGUUUACUGUUUCUAUUUUACUUUUGUUCUUUCAGUUGUUUUUUUUUUGGAAAAUGUUUAAAGUUUCAGUGCUUGAAUUGACUGAACUGAAGUUUCAUAUGUCACAGCAGGUCAACUGUUAAUAGUCCAACGUUUUACAUUUAUGAAAUAUGUAUACCGAUAGCCGCAUAAUAUGGAGAAAAAUGAAAUAAAACAUUUGGCAUUUUG